CAAUGGCCGCUGUGGAAAAGAACAAGGGUAAGAGGGAAAGCAAGGGCAGAAGGAAGAUCGAAAUCAAGAAGAUAGAAAACAUGAACAGACUUCAAGUCACCUUCUCAAAGCGCCGUGCUGGACUCUUCAAGAAGGCCGGCGAACUCUCACUAUUAACCGGUGCAGAAAUCGCCAUGUUCGCACAGUCUUCUCACGGAAGGGUUUUCACGUUUGGCCAUCCAAACGCCGACGCCGUUGUGGAACGCUAUCUCACCGGAGACGUUCAGAAGACAAAACCAACCACUGGCUGUGGCUCGUGCACAGGGGAGGAUGUUAAGCGCCACCUUGAGGAGCUGGAGAAGUUGGAGGCAGAGAAGGCUCGGCUGGAGGAGAUGAACAAAGAGGUGGUGGCGAAGGGUAUGAGUAAUGGAGGGUUUUGGUGGGAGAGAGAUGUUAAUGGAAUGGGGUUGGAAGAGCUUGAGCAGUUCAUGAAGGCUUUGAAGGAAUUGAAGAUAAGUGUUGACAAGAAGGUUGAUGAAAAGGCCAUGGCUAGAGGUUCAUCGAUUCCACCGUUCUUGCCAUUACUUCAGCUAUAG